UUAUGGGUUUCACCGUCUCAACUGAACACACACACAAAACAACAAUAUGAGCAAUCCUCGAACUGUGUUGAAGAAACUGGAGCCAUGGCGUGACCUAAAAGACAAAGUGGUUCUUGUGACAGGAGCUUCAUCUGGUAUAGGAAAAGAAAUUUGUCUUGAUUUGGGCAAAGCUGGCUGUAAGAUUAUCGCAGCAGCACGUCGUGUCGACCGCCUCAACUCUCUCUGCUCUGACAUCAACAGCUUCUGUUCAACCGGAACACAAGCCGCAUCUCUCAAGCUAGACGUCGCAUCUGAUGCAGCCACCAUUCGAAAAGCGGUUAAGGGAGCUUGGGGAAUCUUUGGAAAGAUCGAUGUGCUGAUCAACAAUGCUGGAAUCAGAGGCAAUGUCAAGUCGAGUUUGGAUUUGUCGGAGGACGAGUGGGACAAAGUGUUCAGGACCAACUUAACCGGACCAUGGUUAGUCUCCAAAUACGUCUGUAUUUUAAUGCGUGACGCUAAACAAGGUGGCUCGGUGAUAAACAUCUCUUCGAUGGCGGGGGUUCACCGUGGUAUGCUGCCUGGUGCAGUCGCUUAUGCUUGUUCCAAAGGCGGAGUUGACAUAAUGACGAGGAUGAUGGCUAUUGAGUUAGGUGUUUACAAGAUCAGAGUGAACUCGAUUGCGCCGGGGCUGUUCAAGUCAGAGAUCACACAAGGUCUUAUGCAGAAAGAGUGGCUCAAGAUGGUGAACGAGCGGACAGUCCCCUUAAAGAUGCAACAGAGCGUUGAUCCUGGGCUUACCUCUCUCGUUCGGUAUCUCAUUCAUGACUCUUCUCAAUAUGUCUCUGGCAAUACAUAUAUUGUUGAUUCCGGAGCUUCAUUACCUGGUCUGCCUAUUUUUUCUUCUCUUUGAACCUUAAAUUUUGUGUGUUAUAAGCAAUAAUAAGUGAAUACUUUUACGAAAAAUAAAAUAAUAAGUGAAUACAUUUACACA